AAUAUCAUUCAGAGAUAACUGCCCUCUCUCAUACGGAAAGUUUAAAUAUCUUCUAUUCACUCACAGUGUAAAUAGGUUGGACAUCGUAGGAUUUGUGUUAUUUGUGAUUUUCCAAUUUGAAACGUAUACGUUAGGAACCGGCAAAACUAUGGCAUACAAAUGUGUUAGACAACUGAAUUUAUUCAAGCGACAUGUAAACAGAACAUUUCAAACCCGGCAACAAUCACCGAUUUCCACAGGACCCAAUUUUGCAUUGAGCGAUGACCAGAAAAAUAUUCAAGAAAUGGCUCGGAAAUUUGCCAGAAAUGAAAUAAUUCCAGUUGCACCUCACCAUGAUCGAACCGGUGAAUAUCCGGCUGAUAUCAUAAAGAAAGCAUGGGAGAUAGGAUUACUUAACUUGAACAUUCCCACUGAAUAUGGAGGAGCAGGAUUAGAUUGUCUAACUGGGUGCUUAGUUGGUGAAGAGUUUGCAUAUGCGUGUUCUGGAAUUGAGACAGCGUUGAUGAUAACGGAUGUCGCACAACUUCCGCUUAUGCUUGCCGGUUCCGAUGCACAGAAACGAAAAUAUCUUGGACGUUUAGUGGAAGAGCCGUUAGUGGGAGCUUAUUGUGCAACUGAACCGGGAGCCGGAUCGGACGUAAACGGAAUCAAAACCAAGGCUGAACGCAAGGGCGACGAGUAUAUUUUGAAUGGGCAAAAAAUGUGGAUCACAAAUGGUGGUGUUGCGAACUGGUACUUCGUUUUAGCUAGAACGAAUCCAGAUCCAAAAGCGCCAGCCUCCAAGGCAUUUUCUGGUUUUAUUGUCGAACGAGAUUUUCCCGGAGUGAUUCCUGGGCGAAAGGAAAUUAAUAUGGGACAACGGGCCAGUGACACUCGAGGUAUAACUUUCGAAGAUGUUCGCAUUCCGAAGGAAAAUUUAUUGUGCGGAGAAGGAGCUGGCUUUCGCAUUGCAAUGCAAACGUUUGAUAAAUCCCGACCGAACGUUGCAGCUGGAGCGUGUGGUGUUGCACAACGUUGUCUCGACGAAUCUGUGAAAUAUGCAUUAGAACGGAAAACGUUUGGCGUUCCCAUUGCUCAACAUCAAUCCGUUUCGAAUAUGCUCGCUGACAUGGCUAUCGGUGUGGAAACAUCUCGUUUGGCGUACAUGUUGGCUGCAUGGCAAACCGAUAAUGGACAGCGAAACAGCUACACUGCAUCGAUUGCAAAGUGUUACGCAGCUGACACAGCGAAUAAAAUCGUUGCGGAUGGAGUACAGAUUUUCGGCGGUAAUGGUUUCAAUUCGGAGUAUCCAAUGGAGAAAUUGAUGCGCGAUGCUAAAAUCUAUCAGAUCUAUGAGGGCACGAGCCAGAUUCAAAGAAUCGUGAUUUCAAGAUGUCUAAUGGAAAUGGCCAAGAGUGGGGAAAUGGGACGACAGUGAAGUGUUUUUUGUUGAAACAAUUUCUUGUUGAUGAGCUCCCAAUGUUUUUGACAAAUAAACUUUUACAUUUUUACCGAAGAAA